CACAGACAUUAUCCAGAGCAAGAACGAGAAGGAAGUAAUAACAGUGCAGGCAACAAUGUUGCAUCCACUGGAAACAAUAAUGCUCCCCAGAGAGGCGCAGUAGCCAUGAGUCUGAACCCAUUCACAAAUUUACCUUUCACUCCAAGAUAUUAUGAAUUAUAUAGAAAGAGAAUUGGGUUGCCUGUGUGGGAGUAUCGGAACAAAUUUUUUGAGCUCUUGGAUCGUAAUCAAACUAUAGUACUUGUUGGUGAAACUGGAUCUGGCAAGACAACUCAGAUGCCACAAUGGUGUGUAGAAUAUGCACGAUCCAAAGGUAAAAAGGGUGUAGCGUGUACACAACCAAGAAGAGUGGCAGCAAUGUCUGUUGCUCAGCGUGUUGCAGAGGAAAUGGAUGUUGCUUUGGGUCAAGAAGUAGGGUAUUCUAUUCGUUUUGAAGAUUGCUCGUCUUCAAAAACUGUUCUAAAAUACAUGACUGAUGGUAUGUUGCUGAGAGAAGCCAUGAGUGAUCCUAUGUUGGAAAUAUAUCAGGUCAUCUUGCUUGAUGAAGCUCACGAGCGUACUUUGGCAACAGACAUACUUAUGGGUGUGUUGAAGGAAGUGCUUAAGCAAAGAUCUGAUUUGAAACUGGUUGUUAUGUCAGCUACACUAGAUGCCGGAAAGUUCCAACACUAUUUUGAUAAAGCUCCCCUUUUGAAUGUACCAGGACGUACCCAUCCUGUAGAGAUCUUUUAUACUCCAGAGCCUGAGAGAGACUACCUUGAAGCUGCCAUUAGAACAGUAAUUCAGAUUCAUAUAUGUGAAGAAAUUCCUGGUGAUGUCUUGUUGUUCUUGACUGGUCAAGAGGAGAUUGAAGAAGCAUGUAAGCGCAUUAAACGUGAAGUUGACGCAUUGGGUCCAGAUGUUGGGGAUUUGAAGUGCAUUCCCCUAUACUCAACAUUACCCCCAAAUUUGCAACAACGCAUUUUUGAGCCACCACCCGCUAAUAAACCCAAUGGAGCUAUUGGUCGGAAAGUAGUAGUGUCAACCAAUAUAGCUGAAACUUCGUUAACAAUUGAUGGAGUUGUUUUUGUAAUUGAUCCUGGUUUUGCAAAACAAAAGGUUUAUAACCCUCGAAUUCGAGUGGAGAGUUUGUUAGUGUCUCCUAUAAGUAAGGCAUCAGCACAACAGAGGGCCGGCCGAGCAGGACGAACCAGGCCCGGAAAAUGUUUCCGUCUCUACACUGAAAAAGCCUUCAAAAAUGAGAUGCAGGACAACACAUACCCUGAGAUCUUGAGAUCUAAUUUGGGUUCAGUGGUAUUGCAGUUGAAAAAGUUGGGUAUAGAUGACCUUGUUCAUUUUGAUUUCAUGGAUCCACCUGCACCUGAGACAUUAAUGAGAGCUUUGGAGCUGCUGAAUUAUCUUGCUGCAUUAGAUGAUGAUGGUAAGAAUAUAAUUUAGUUAAAAAUUGAAAUA